AUGCCCCUCUGCUCUGGGUUGCAGCACCUGGAGAGGAUCUUUUUCCGAGGAAGGCACAAAGCACCUGGGAGGUGGGAGCUGUGUGCAAGCAGGGGCUGCUCAGGGGUCAGCAUGUCUUUCAUCCAGGUAGACAAGGACUCGGAUUUUCCUCUCCAAAACCUCCCCUAUGGGGUUUUCUCCACGAAGGAGGAGCCUCGGCACAGGCUUGGGGUAGCCAUUGGAGACCAGAUUUUGGAUCUCAGCGUCAUUAAACAUCUUUUCAAUGGACCAGCUCUUGCCAAACACCAGCACGUCUUUGACCAGCCCACCCUGAACGCCUUCAUGGGGCUGGGCAGGCCGGCAUGGACCGAGGCCAGGGCUUUCCUCCAGAAGCUGCUGUCAGCUGGAGAGCCCACCCUGAGGGACAACGCGGAGCUGCGGAGAAGAGCAUUUGUUCCUCAAGCUGCUGCGACGAUGCACCUGCCUGCCCACAUUGGAGACUACACCGACUUCUAUUCGUCACGCCAGCAUGCCACAAACGUUGGGAUCAUGUUCAGGGGGAAGGAGAACGCUCUGAUGCCGAACUGGCUGCACUUGCCUGUGGGUUACCACGGCCGGGCGUCGUCUGUCGUGGUGUCUGGGACGCCCAUCCGGAGACCCGUGGGACAGAUGAAACCUGACAAUGAUAAACCCCCAGUGUUUGGUGCUUGUAAACGUCUGGAUAUCGAGUUAGAAAUGGCAUUCUUUGUAGGUCCUGGGAACAAGUUUGGGGAGCCCAUUCCCAUCAGCAGGGCCCAGGAGCACAUCUUUGGGAUGGUGCUGAUGAACGACUGGAGCGCCCGUGACAUCCAGAAGUGGGAAUAUGUUCCUCUGGGUCCUUUCCUGAGCAAAAGCCUUGGCACAACCAUCUCUCCGUGGGUUGUCACCAUGGAAGCUCUCAUGCCAUUUGUGUUGCCAAACCCUGUCCAGGAUCCUAAGCCGCUGCCCUACCUUCAGGAUAAAGAGCCCUACACUUUUGACAUCAAGCUCUUUGUUGCCAUUAAAGGAGAAGGAAUGAGCACACCAACUACUAUAUGCAGAUCCAAUUUCAAGCACAUGUACUGGACCAUGAAACAGCAGCUGGCUCACCAUUCCAUCAAUGGCUGCAACCUCAGGCCUGGAGACCUGCUGGCCUCUGGCACCAUCAGUGGACCUGAGCCAGAGAGCUUUGGCUCCAUGCUGGAGCUGUCCUGGAAUGGAACAAAAGAGAUCCCUCUUGGCAGUGGGCAGUCUCGUAAAUUCCUGCAGGAUGGAGAUGAAGUAAUUUUGACAGGUUACUGCCAGGGCAACGGCUUCCGUGUGGGAUUUGGCCAGUGCUCAGGGAAAAUCCUGCCAGCCCUGUCCAAUCCGUGAGGCCUGGAGUAAUGUGGCAUCCAAGGAGGAACCCUCCUCCCACCUCUACCAGUCAUCCUGCUUUAUUCAAAUUUAUUAUUUUUAUAUGAGUGAUUGUGAUCUUACCAUUUUUAAUUAUCAAUAAAUAUCUUAAAGGUGAA